UUAACAAGCUGAUAGUUUAGCUGGAAUUUAUUAAAUGAUUAUUAUUUGACGUAUACUCUAUUUGAAAAUUCACUAACGCAGUAAAUAUCACGUGCGGUGUAGUGCAUUUGUUAUAAAGUACAUCAGUUGCGUUGUAGGGUUUAUUUUCAACCAAGAUUUGUUUACCAAAGACUUUAUUUUAUUUAGCAACUAUUAACAUCUGUUUGUCAUUCUCGACGAUUUUAAACUGCUGGAUUGACUUUUGAAAACAGUGUACAGCAGGCAACGAAAAUCUUUAUUUUAUUUUUUUUUGAUGGACAUUUUGUUUUUCUGUUAUGCUCCUUUGUGUUUCUAUUCUUUACGCCACGAAAUAUUUCCAUAUGUCAAUGUGUGACACGUGUAGAUCUAUACGUUACAUACAGUGAUAACGCUCAAUACCAAAUGUUGGUGAUGUUUUCUACAAGAAGAUGGUGCGGCCAAUGCAAAAAUAAUAAUAAUUGUGUCAGUCACUUUAUACACUGUGUGUGAUGUAUCGAGACGAUGUGCUGAUACACCUUUUAACACUGCUGUAGUGAGAUGUGCAGAUCGUGUCGUAAGGGGGACCUACCGUCUGAGAAGUGUGCUGCACUUGUGUAAAUAGAAUUGUAGAGCAGAUCCGCUAAGUCCUCCUUUCAUUCGCUUUCUAUGUUCGGAUUACUAGAUCUAGACCUCUAUGCUGGCGAGAGACUAUAUGCUUGGGCAGAACCUCGUACCGGUACUAACAAAACAGUGGUCCCCGUGUUUACGGUGAACUGUUUUCGCUUGAUGAAGUUGUCGUUUUCUCAGGCGAAGUACGCAACACUAGAGGAAACUGACGCCUUUUGUUAUUUGCUAUGCUGACACCGUAGGCCCUAUAGGCGUAUUCCUGUGAUUUGUAUAUGCAAACAAUGUGUUGAAAGGAAAUCCAUUGAGCGGGGUAUUAAGUACAAUUUUAAAUAGAUCUACAUCCAUCCCCAACCCUUAGGCCUACCACGCUAUGGAAAGACACAACCGCCCUUUGAUUCCCCCUCCCCCCACCGGUUUAUCCCCUGUAAAUAUUUUUGUGUCCUACUCCUCCUAUUCCCAAUCCCUGCUACACACAGACAGAAGAGUUAAAUUAUAAUGGCAUAUGAGAAGUUCAAUCAAAUUUAAAAAUGGAAACGGAAAAUUCCCAUGACGUCACGUCAACGAGGGCGGAGAAAGUGGAGGUGUGCGACGUUUGUGCCGUUGUAGCUCGAGCCUUAGUGUUGUGGCUGCUGAUUGCUUUAGUCAGUCUUCGACAGAUUGUCGCUUUCGUUUUUGGAGCUGGCGUUCGUUUUGGGGAAAGGCUGUUAAAUCAGCUUCCGUCUCUUCGAAUCUUGAUUCCUCUGACAUCUUCUUCGUCUGGGGCUCCUGACGCCGCCAACGCCUUGCGAAUAGGACGCGUCGUCGCUCAUCGAUUAAUGGACAUGCUUUCUUGGCUUCUUACUAACGGAUUCAGUAAAAGUAUACAGGUUCUGCUCUGCUUGCGAUUGCAAAUACCUGUUAUUAUUCAUAACACAUGCCAACAUACACUGGGCAGAUGUCGGUUCCUAACAUCGUUGUCUCUCUGCGCUUUGCUUCUGAAAUGUAUAACUUUGGCGAGACGAUUCGUGCAAACAUGCUGUGAAUUGAGGGAUCAAUGGAUUAUUCUUCGACAAUUGAUUACGUGUCCAUUAAGACCGAUCUGUUGGGCCGGAAAUAAUCUUUUCUGCCUCUACGUCGGGAAGAUCCGAUCCAACUAUCCAUCUGCGCUGGAAACUGUUAAUCGGCUGCUAAAGCAAUUGUGCUGGAUUGUCUUGCGACUUGCUCGCGCCGCAAACACUGGCAUCGCGUUUCUAAUUGGUCGAAGUUUAACGGGUCUGUGUGUCGUUUGUAGAUUACUUUCACGUGCAGAUGCUUGGCUGAUAGAUUCAUUGUCAUCAUUCACGGAGAGCUGUUUUCUUCCUUCGGAACAUGGUCCUCGAUUUUUAAAGGAUAAAUCCAGAUGCUAUGUGUUGUCACUGCUCUGGCGGGUGUUUCACCUCCGCAGUCCCCGUUUCAGUUUUAUUGCUAUCCUGGUGGUUGUGUCUGUUCUCCUGUCCACUUUUCUGUACCUAAGUCAUGUGAGCAGUGCAGGAAAACUGACCAGAUUAACUCAGUACAAGGAUGACCCUGUGCCAAACAAAGACAACCUCAGAGACAAUCUAUUGCCCAAGGAUGAAGAUGGGCCGCAACCGGGGAAGAAGAAUAACAACAGACAGAGGAAUCACUGGAAGGAGAAAGCCUCACUGAGAAAUGAGAACAACAAAGAGGAAGGGCAGUCCACUUUGUCAUGGAAGCAAGUGUCUCAUGUCAUAAGCUUGAUGAAGACGUAUGACUGGCAGAAUCAUACCCUAACACCAGUGGUACAUAUGGAGGAGCUGAUGGCUAAGAUUAGUUACCUCAGACAGGAAAUGGUCAGCGAGAAGAACUGUCUUCCUAAACUGACUGACCCACCUCUAUGUAAAGGUGACCUGAAAGGCAAUGAAGUGGAAGAUCUCUUAUGUAUUGAGAAGCCUAAGUACCUCAGUCACAUCAAAAAUCCCUGCUGGUACUCUAAUGGAGGAAUGGAUGAAAAGAAACUUAGGUGUCUGCCCUACUUUCACAUCCUUGGUUGUGCCAAAUCUGGAACCACUGAUCUCUGGAACAGACUUCUGUCUCAUCCCCAUCUUAUUGCCAAUGAUGGCAUGCUACACAAGGAAGCCUUGUGGUGGUCCUGGAGGAGAUAUGGCUAUAAUGGUUACUCCAGGGGAGAGUUGUGGAGCUUCAAUCGGUAUGUUGACCUGUUUCAGGACACAGCCAGAAUAAUAGAGAAGUCCAUUGAAAAUGAAAACUUGCACCAUCAGAUCAUUAUAACAGGAGAUGCAUCCCCACCAGAUUUUUGGGAUUUUCGAGGUUGGAGCAGCAUCAGCCAGAAUCGUGAUUCUAAUAUCCCACGUGUAAUAACUCCUCAUUUGAUGAAGCAUUUCUAUGACAAACCAAAGUUUAUCAUAAUGUUUAGAGAUCCUAUAGACAGACUUUAUUCAGAUUACUUCUUUGUGGGUGGUGGCCUGACGUCACUGGACUUUCACAAUGAUGUGCUGGUCGCCAUUGACUUGCUUCAUGAUUGUGUUCAAACAUUUGGAUUGGUGCAUUGCUUUUAUGACCACGAGCUAUAUGUUAAACUUCCACUGCGUCUCCCUUUUGCCUGCUAUUCUGUUUUUAUGAGGGAAUGGUUGCAAGUUUUUCCUUUAGAGAGUUUUCUGCUGAUCAAAACAGAGGACUAUAAAAUAAACCCAGAAAAUACUUUGAAGAGCGUCAUAGAGUUUCUAGGUCUAGGUCCCCUUAAAGAGAAAGUCCUGCAAGAAAUAGCAGAGGAAGAGAAAUCCAGGAUAACUGAGCAGCGAAUAAUUGCUGGGCCGAUGAAAAAUGAAACCAGAAUUAUUCUUCACGAGCUACUAGACUCUUGCAGCCAUGAACUAGCAAAAUUGGUGAAGAAUGAUAAUUUUUUGUGGCAUUAACCCUUUAAGUCUUACACUCUGUCAUUUUGUUUUCAUGGAACACUGUGCAAUAAUAGUUCAUGACAUAUUUCUUACUUUUAUUUGCUUUCCCUUUGAUUGAGAGGAACAUUUUUUUAUUUCUAUUUUUCUAUUACGUUAUGCAUACCAUUGUUUUGAGUGAUUUAGAGUUUAGGUCUCUUACAGAGAAAUGUUUGCUAGUUUGGGGCUUCCUGGACCUUUUUUUUUUAGCUGCUGAUUGAGGGUCCCAAGUUUGAGAUGAGCAGAGCUUCAAGUUUUAUGUGGCGACCUAUAACUGAUAAGUCUUUGCAUGCAUGGAUGACUUAAUAUACAUGUCACAUGUAUCAAACUGUAUGCAAAAUUUUGUAAUUAAUGGGUUGUUUUUUUGUUUGUCAUAAAGGUAACUUAAUUGUUUUUUGUUUUUUUUCAAUAUCUACUGUUAAACAUUAUUUAAAAAGAUGGUCAAAAUAUGGAAAUUGAUUUAAAGAACAAGUAAAAAAGAAUGAAUCAUUUAUUUCAAGAUUCAAUUGAGCUAAAUAGUUAGAGUGUCUUGCCAAUAUGAUGAAAGUCAUGGUAUCGAUUCCCAUUUUUUUUUCAUUUUGUUCAAUGACUAAUAAAAUAUAAAUGUUUAUGGGUACUUUACUAUAUCAGUUGAACAUAAAGAAGGAAUUGAUUUACAAAAAAUAUAAAUUUUCCUUUUUAUUUCAUUAUAAAAAAAAUACAUUUCUUUAGCCAUUUCAUUUUUUAUUGGUAAGUUUCCAGAAACUUAAUUUGAUUAUUCCUUUAAUAUUUUGUUUGUGAAUAUCAAUCAGAAUAUUUUUAAGAAAUAAUUUUUUUGAUAGAGUGAUGUUAACCAUUGUCCUAGUGCACACAAAACCAAUUUUUCACAGGCCAUAUCAGGCCUGUGAGGCAGUGCUAUUAAGCCAAAUGCUUUCAUUAUGCUGUGAACCACUUCAUUAAAAAAACAUUCCUAAUGUUUUAGUUAUAUUCUCAUUUAAUAGCAUUCAAAUUUCAUCCAUUGUUGGAAACGAAAAUUCCUUUUUUUUUCUAUUUAGUUAGUCAGAGAUAAAGUCCAAAAUAUAUACAUUGAUUUUAAAUCAAAAGAUUAACACUACUGUCUUUAUUUAAAAUAGUUUAAAGGUAUCUUAAGCAAUUUACAUUGUGGGUUUUUUUUUAUUACGAGAUAAAUUUAAAAAAAAAUAUUCAUAUUUUUUCCCCACAUUUAAUUUGUGGUUGUAAUUUUUGCCACUUUUCAGGUCAUGUCAUCCAGACUUGGUUAAACCUGAUUAGGUAAUGCAGGUACUCUUUUUCUCUGCUGUCCCUUAUUUUGUUGGAUUGUUACAGCUCCACACAUGAUCUGUUUAAUCUCUCUCUCUAUUCCUCUGUUUUUUGCCCUUUCAUUGACAGGUCCAUCCAUUCCUUAAUGUUGUCUUCCCAUCCAUUUUUUGUCUGCAUUUUCUUUUUUUCAUUUUUUCUUCUCUGGUACUGUUCCCCCACCCCCCUAACAGAAAGGUUUUUGUGAAUCAUGAGGAUCUCGUGAUAUGGCUGUACUGUUAAUGAUCAUUUUAACAAAUCUGAUUUCUUUUUUUCAAAGCAUUUUUGUUUCACUAAUUUUUUUAAAACAUGAAACUUGAUUAAUAAAAAAAAAACAAGCUGGUGCAUUGGAAUGAAAUCUAACAGACCUGAACAAGAGCUUUUUGUCAUAAUUAUAAUAUUAGAUUUCUAUCAACAUUUUGUACACAAUUUAAAAUACUCAAUCUUUAUGUUAUAAAUGUUUUUUCCUGAUGUAAUUAAGUGUGUUUUUAUGUGUUUAAAAUGAUUAAUGUUAUAUUUGUAGAAAUACUUUGUUACUUACUAUUUGUUUUGAGUCCAUUGUUUAUUUUUUUAAAUGUCCACAUUUUUUAUUUACACUUUUUCUUUACACUUUAAAUAAAAUUCAUUCUACAAUGGUAUGCAUCAAAACACUUUAUUUUUCAAUUUUCUAGUUCAUGACAUUUGAUUUUUCUUUGUUUGUUUGCCACUAACAUUUGUAUUCCUGUUAAACAAAAAAAAACAACUCCUGUCUCUAUACCUUUUUUAAUUAAUGUUUUUUUUAAUACGGAAAAUAAAAAAGUAUUUUUAGAGAAGAUAUAUUUAAAUAUAAAAAUACUUGACCAUAGGCUGAAAAUAACUGCCAGGAAAUAAAUAAAUGCUUUAUGCUUAUCAUAAUGAAUCUGAGAUUGAAAUCUGCCUGCAAUCCACCAUUGUAGGCUAUAUAUUGUGUACAAAACACUAAUGUAUCUUGUAUAUAGCAUAGAAAACUCUUUAAUUCAUUUGAAGAACUUAAAAUUUUAUUGUGAUCAGUUCUAUUCUAUAUCUUCUAUCUACAGAUUUCUUUUUCUAAAAUAUCCAAUCACUAACUAUGCAAGUCUUUAUAUAGAAUCUCUAAUUCUGCCUUGUCAAUAGCAUAUUACUCAUACCUAGAGACUAAGUCAAAAAUAUGUCAACAUUUUUAUUCUAGCCUACUUAGAUGUCCAUUGUACUUUCCAGAGUACACACACACACACUAAAUAAACAUGACCCAUCAAACUUAACCCCACUAUCUCAGUCUACAGUCAUCUUAGUUGCUUUGGACUAAGUUAUCUUUUCUUGAAUUGAAAAUUAAUUCUGCUUUUAUUGAUAUACUAGCAUUACAGACACUGGUUUAGCCCAUCGAUUUGUUCCCAAGCUUUAUAUGAUUUAUUAUGACCAGAAUAUUCCAUCCUUUUCUCUUUUUUUUUUUUUUUGGAAAUUUCAAUAACUGAGCCACAUUUUAACAAUCUCCCUAAUAGACUUUUGAUGAGCCCAUUAAUUAUUGCAUAGGUCUGCUUUCUUUCUCUUUCCUUCUCUCUCUGGAACCUCAGUUUAGUUUUUUUUCACCCUGUGCAUUAUAAAACUUUUGACUUGAUUUGGAACAAUCCACUUCAUAAUGUCCCUCCCUCCAUGACACACAUACACCCUCAUGCUUUUGGCCCAUGAAUUGUAGUACAACUUUCAUUUAUCUUCUUAGUCCGGCUUACAAUCUUUAUUUCAGCUUUCCAAUAUUUAAUGUACCAUCUGUUGCUUUUCGACCAUUACUCACUCACCUGCUUUCACACUUUCGGACCUUUUUUAUUACAAUGACAACCCCAUUUGCUUAGCAUCCUCCAAUUGAUUGAAACUUGAAAUUAUAAGGCAAGCUUUGUACGGUAUUAGACACUGCAAAUAUUUCUUUCUUUCUCUCUCAAAAAAAGAAAUACUCUAGAUUAUCUUUUGAUAAUAUUAUGAUGCUUCAAUUUGGAAGCUGAAAUGAUGUAAGGCAUAUCAAAUUAGAAAAACGAAAAGAAUUUGCUUUAAAAAUAUGCACUUUGUAAGCUAUUUCUAUUUAUGCUUUAUAUAUAUACUGCAGCCUUUUGGGGAAAUAUUGAAAAUAAAAUAUAAAGGUUUGAUAGAAAGCUUGUGGUUUUUCGUGAAUUGUGGUGGUCAGAUUGCAAAUUUUUCAAAACCAUUUCUUAUUAGUGACCGUCUAGAAGGUAAAAGGAAUCUGUGUACGAAAUUUCAUGCGAAUCCGUUUGACAAUUUAAGAGAGCUCUUGAUCAAUCAGUCAGUGAGUGGUAACUUAGAAAUAAAAUUAUAGAUUGAUAUCUGCCAAUGUAAAAAAAAUAUUUUUUUUAUUAGUUUUGUAAUGAACCGAAUUCCUUGUUAAUGCUAACGUAAUUAAUCUUUUAAAGUUAAUUAUUAUCAAUUAUUUCUAUCACUGUUUGUGCAAUUGUUUUAUUUUAUUUAUUUGUUUUUUUUUUGGAAAUAUUCUCUAUAUAUGAAAAUGAUUUUCUUUAUGUGAUUGUGAGAAUAUAAAUGAUAAAAACAUCAUUUGGAACAUGCAUAGUUCUUGACAUGGUAUUAGUGACACAAAGUUUAAAUAAAACAUAUCUAACGUAAUUAAUCUUUUAAAGUUAAUUAUUAUCAAUUAUUUCUAUCAUUGUUAGUGCAAUUGUUUUAUUUUAUUUUUUUAUUUUUUGGAAAUAUUCUCUUUAUGUGAAAAUGAUUUUCUUUAUGUGAUUGUGAGAAUAUAAAUGAUAAAAACAUCAUUUGGAACAUACAUAGUUCUUGACAUGGUAUUAGUGAAACAGUUUGAUUAAAACAUCUUUUUUAAAAGAC